AUGUUCACAUUUAGAACAAUUUACAAAUUUACAAACAAAACAGUUGAUACAGAGGCUUUAUUAAAGAAACUCUAGACAAAAUCUUUAAUAACCCUAACAAGAGACAAUUAUUAAUUGAAUAUGGGUUUGAUGAUUCAAAGAGAUAUAAUAUUUCUUCAUUAUACAGAAGAAGAAAUGAAACUAAGAAAAUUUAGAUAUUAAUUAGGUAAGCAUUGAAGCAUAAUUUGUUAAUAGAAAAACGAAAUAAUUAUAUAACCAAAUUACCUAAAGAAUUGCAUGAAUAUACACAUUAUACAGGAGAUCAGAAUGUAUUUGGAGAUGAUACUCCAACUCAUGUAAGAUUAGUUGGAGAUGUUCGUUCUGUAUUUUUGGAAAAUAGUAAAUUCUUUAGACAUUGUGGUAUUGAUAAAAUAUAAUCAAUAGAUCCAAAUGAAAAUAAUAAUAAGCGAAUAUAAUAUAAUUCUUUGCAUACUGUAUACUUAUUAGUGAAACAAAAUGGAAUUUGGGGUUUUCCAAAUAUCAAUAUUGAAGAUAAAGAAACCUUUAAAGAAACAUAAACAAAAUUAUUCGAAAAAAUGACAUAAAAUACUUGGCAAGUAUUUAUAUAUUAUCAUUUAGGUAUACUAUUUUAAUAGACAGCCAAGGUUAGUAACAGUAGAUCCUAAUUCUGAUGAAAAUGCUAGAAUCAAAGGAAUUAAGACCAUCUAUUUUUAAGCCAAACAUUUAUAAGGAAAAGUUUAGAUUUUUGGAUAUGAUGAUUGGGCUUGGGUAUCAAGAUUAGAAAUGAAUAAAUAUCUAACAGAAUAAGCUUAUAAUAAAGUCAUUCAUGCUUUAGAUUUGUGA